AUGAUUCCGGUAUCGCUGGUGGUAGUGGUGGUGGGCGGCUGGACUGCCGUCUACCUGACCGACUUGGUGUUGAAGUCAUCUGUAUAUUUUAAGCAUUCUUAUGAAGACUGGCUGGAAAACAACGGAUUGAGCAUCUCCCCUUUUCACAUAAGAUGGCAGACUGCUGUUUUCAAUCGUGCCUUUUAUAGUUGGGGACGGCGGAAAGCAAGGAUACUUUACCAGUGGUUCAAUUUUGGAAUGGUGUUUGGUGUAAUUGCCAUGUUCAGCUCUUUUUUUCUUCUGGGAAAAACGCUGAUACAGACUUUAGGCCAAAUGAUGGCUGACUCUUCUUAUUCCUCCUCCUCCUCUUCCCAUUCUUCCUCCUCUUCCUCUUCUUCUUCCUCUUCUUCCUCCUCCUCUUCCUCACUUCACAAUGAACAGGUGCUCCAAGUUGUGGUUCCUGGCAUUAAUUUACCUGUCAACCAACUGACCUAUUUCUUCGCUGCAGUCCUCAUUAGCGGUGUUGUACAUGAAAUUGGACAUGGAAUAGCAGCUAUUAGGGAACAAGUUCGAUUUAAUGGCUUUGGGAUUUUUCUCUUCAUUAUUUAUCCUGGAGCAUUUGUUGAUCUGUUCACCACUCAUUUGCAACUUAUAUCACCAGUCCAGCAGCUAAGGAUAUUUUGUGCAGGUAUCUGGCAUAAUUUCAUCCUUGCACUCCUGGGUAUUUUAGCUCUUAUUCUCCUUCCUGUAAUUCUCUUGCCGUUUUACUACACUGGAGUUGGGGUGCUUAUCACUGAAGUUGCUGAGGACUCACCUGCAGUUGGACCCAGAGGCCUUUUUGUGGGAGACCUUGUCACCCAUCUACAGGAUUGUCCUGUUACCAAUGUACAAGACUGGAAUGAAUGUCUGGAUACCAUCACCUAUGAGCCCCAAAUUGGUUACUGUAUAAGUGCAUCAACUUUGCAGCAGUUAAGCUUCCCAGUUAGAGCAUACAAACGGCUAGACGGUUCAACUGAAUGCUGUAACAAUCACAGCCUUACAGAUGUUUGCUUUUCCUAUAGAAAUAAUUUUAAUAAGCGUUUGCAUACAUGUCUACCUGCCCGGAAAGCAGUUGAAGCCACCCAAGUUUGUAGAACCAAUAAAGACUGUAAAAAAAGCUCAAGUUCAAGUUUCUGUAUAAUACCUUCUUUGGAAACUCAUACGCGCUUAAUAAAAGUGAAACACCCACCUCAAAUUGAUAUGUUAUAUGUAGGACAUCCGCUGCACCUUCACUACACAGUGAGCAUCACCAGUUUUAUCCCACGUUUCAAGUUUCUAAGCAUAGAUCUGCCUGUGGUUGUGGAGACAUUUGUCAAGUACCUCAUUUCCCUCUCGGGAGCGCUGGCAAUUGUUAAUGCAGUGCCCUGCUUUGCUUUGGACGGACAGUGGAUUUUAAACUCUUUCCUAGAUGCUACUCUUACCUCAGUGAUUGGAGACAAUGAUGUCAAAGAUCUGAUAGGAUUUUUCAUCUUGCUUGGUGGCAGUUUACUUUUGGCUGCCAAUGUGACCCUGGGCCUCUGGAUGGUUACAGCACGGUAA